AUGACGGGCAAACAGGGCGUUGUGCUGUCUGAAAGUUUAAAUCUGUCGGAGAAAACCUCUCUUGGAGCGAAUGGAGGACCAAACAGCCACCAGCCGAAGAGCAGCGCUCCUCAUCCGCCGCCAAGGUGCACCGGCUUUGGCAUCCAGGAGAUCCUGGGGCUGAAUAAAGAGCCCUCCGCGGCCCCCAGGAAUCCGCUGGGCUCGCUGCCGGCCGGAGCGCACCUGAUCGCGGCCAGGUCUCUGCUGGGCCCUGCCGGCGUGGGUGUGGGUGUGGGGAUGGGAUUAAUCGGUCCUGGUGGGAUUCCGUCGUUUUAUAGCCAGCCAGCGUUUCUGGAAACGGUGCUGCAGGACGCACAAGAUGUUCACCUGCAGCCCCACAGCAGGUCCGCGGGCCCGAUGGAUACCCGGGAGUCCGCAAGCUCAGACUCGGAGGAUUUAUCUUCAAAUGAACGAAAACUCUGCAAGUCUUCAGUCAGUCAGAGUAAGAAACGCAAGAAGAGACGUCACAGGACCAUCUUCACCUCCUAUCAGCUGGAGGAGCUGGAGAAGGCCUUUAACGAGGCGCAUUACCCGGAUGUUUACGCUCGAGAGAUGCUGGCCAUGAAGACGGAGCUGCCUGAAGACAGGAUACAGGUGUGGUUUCAGAACCGCAGAGCCAAGUGGAGGAAAAGGGAGAAGUGCUGGGGACGCAGUACAGUGAUGGCAGAGUAUGGCCUGUAUGGAGCCAUGGUGAGGCACUCCAUCCCCCUGCCAGAGUCCAUCCUCAAGUCUGCUAAGGAUGGCAUCAUGGAGUCCUGUGCCCCCUGGCUGCUUGUCCAAGAUGGCUUACCAAUCAACAGACGCUAUUCUAAAUCUGAAUACCCGCAACUCUUUGCAGGGAUGCACAAAAAGUCGGCAGAGGCAGGAGCUGCUCCGCCCACAGGAAAAGGCGACGCCCCCCAGCAGCAGCAGCAGCCCAGCUCUCAGAGGGCGGAGGAAGCUGAGGCUGAAGAGAAGAGGUCCGAGGUGAAGUCCACCAUUUCUAAAGAGGAACUGAGGGAGAACAGCAUCGCUGCACUCAGGGCCAAAGCGCAAGAGCACAGCGCCAAAGUGCUGGGGACAGUUUGUCAGGAGAGACUGCAGGAGGGGCAACAAGAGAGACAGGCAGCUGAGGAGAAAACCUGCAACCCUCAAAGUCCAGCAGAGGAGGAGAGGAGUCCAUAGAGACUUUCUGAGGCAUGCUCAACACGUGUACGGACAAAACCAACAGGUUUA